UCCUGGAACUCUUUGUAGAACAGGCUGACCUUGAACUCACAGAGAUCCACCUGCUUUUGUACCCCAAGUGCAGAGAUUAAAGGUGUGUGCCUCAUUAGAACACACAGCUCUUCAUGGAAUGUCUCUAUCAAAUCCCUCCCCUAGGAUCUCAGGGAACCCCAAGGAAGAGGAAGCAGAAGGAAUGUAACAGCCAGAAGGGGGGAGGACACCAGGAGAGCAUCAGCUGAGCCAAGAACAUAGGAACCUUAAGUUCAUGUGUGAAGCAGCACAGGUCCUCCAUUUUUCUUUAAUGGUAUCUGUCUACUUCAAGCUUCAUUGAUGAGGGAAGACGGUUACACUUACCUGUGAGAAUAAAGGGAAGUAUUUACAAAACAGUAAUUAUACUGAUGCAGUAGUGGCAGGAGUAGGUUGACCUCUAUGAUCCAUGACGUCACAAGCCUCUGGUAAGAGGCUUUCUUCAAGUAAACACUUGUUAAUUGGUUUUAUGUAUUAUCUUCUACAGUGACCAAUUCUUUCAGUUUGCUGGGCACUGAAGACGUUCUUGUGAUGUAGAACUGAAAAAAAAAAAAAAAAAGACAGCUCCAGGCAAACCGAGAGCAGUUUGUUAACCUCACUUUUGGAAAAGAAUCCAGGAAUAGAUAGGACAGUCACAUUGACAGAGGCUUCUUCAUGCUCUAUCCAGAUCUCUAACUGUACUGAUACAGUGGUCUCUGCUUUCACAUGGAAUCCAUCUCUUUCUUAACGUCUCCCAAAUCUGACUGACCAGUUUCUUACAUCAUUGCUCUGACACCAUUUGAUUGAAUUAUUUAAGUCCUUCAGACAGAUAUUAGACCAUAAGAGUCAAUAAAAACCAUGAUGCAUGAAGGAAUUACCUGGCCACUUUUGUGAGGUGCUUAGCCCAAGGUCCUCUAGGAGUUAUGUGCUGAAAUUCAUCUCAACGAAGGUUUGGUUCCUUAAUAACACCAAUCUUUCUGGGGACACUGUAUGUGACACUGUCACACAAAUGAAAACAGUGUUAGUAGCUUCAUAUAAUCAGCACAAUGGAUGUUUGUUUGUUUAAAAGUGAUAGGAACAAAUUACUUAUGUUGGAAAGCCAGGAUUCGCUGGGUGUUGUAGCAUGUGCCUUCAAUUACCAGGUAAGAGGGCUGUUGCAGGUGUAAGACCAGCGUGGCCUACAAAUCGAUUUCCAGGCAAGCCACAGUGAUGUGGUGAAAGCCCAUCUUAAACAAAACCCGCAGAGGUACCCCCUCUCUGCCCUUCAGAUGUGAGUUCUCAGUUGCUCGUGCCGCGGUGUCUUUAUUCCGCCACCAUGGACUCAUAGCCCUCUGGAACCAUAAACCGGACUGGAGGCUUCCUUUCGUAAGCUUCCUUGGUCAUGGUGUUUUGUCGCAACAACAGGCAGGUGACUAGGACGCCCUCCCAAAUCUGAAAACCAGGCUCGGUGAUUUUGAAUACAGACUUAAUGAAAGUAAACUUUCAGUUAGAAUUCCACUUUUACUGCCAUGCCACCAAAGCACGUUUAUAAUAACCUGGGAAUGUUUUGGAGACUGUCUCCACUGUCCAUUAGUUAAAGUGAACUCUUUAACAAAAGCACACUAAAAUGUGGUUAGCUGACUAAUGCUCCCUUCUAUAGCCGUCCAGAUCCUGACCUCUGGCCCCUGUGAAUAUGUGGUAAGAGAUCUUUCGGCUCUGAUCACAUUUAGGACCUUGAGAUGACAGGGUCAUCCUGGCCGAUGUGGAGGUGCCUGGUACAGACACAGAGGUCCACAGAGCGAGGCUAAAGAUCCGAGGAAAGAGCGGCUCCUCCACAGAAGCAGAGGCCGUGAGUCUUAGGGAGAUGUAUGGCUGUUAAAGCUGGAAAAGACAGGAAACCGAGUCUCCCCAAAGCACUAAAAUCACCUUGGAUUCUGAUCUCCAGAAAUUCAAUAGGAUAAAUGUGUAUUACAGGCAAGUCAUGAAGAUCGUGUCCACUUGUUACAGCAGCAAGAGGAAAGUCAGAGAAAUGGACGGCAGCCCCUUCUGCUCUCAGCUGUCAUUAUUUCAAGCCGCUUUUAUGAGCAAAGCUUGUCCUCCCUAGCAACAGUUGUUAAGUAAGUUGACAACUUAAUGCUGGACAUUGGGAGGGAGAAACUGCUUAUCUCUUCCCAAAUCCAGUGUCGUCUACAUCUUGUAUGGCAGAGGCUCCUGGUAUUAUUUCUUGGACAUAUAGCCACUGCCUGAUCAUGAAGAUUUGUUUAGUCCUUGCCAGCCUCUAGAAGAAUCUUAAAACCCUGGCCUUCUUCCAGCUUUCUUAGACUUGUAGCUUCUCUUGAAACUACCUUUUUUUUUCUGAUCCUGAUAUUAUUUUAACUGUAAGAGGUAAAAAGAAUCAGAAAUUUAACUAUGAUCAGAAAUCACGAUUAUACAAAUUUUGUUUGCUGUGCUGUUUGCAAUAAAAUAAUUCCACCAGCCCCUUUCAAAGAAACCUUCCAACGGAUCCAUGAAUACAAGCCAUUUAAGACACGCUUUUACACUCACAAAGAUAUACUGGAUAUUGGAGCAAGUAUCCUGAACCAAGAAGAGCAGUAUCAAGAGGCUGUGCUCAAGGAAAGCAUUGAAAAAGCAGAAGCAAAAGUGUGGGAGCAGGCUAAAGAACUCCAGGAACAAGCAGUGGAGAAGGCACUCCUGGACGCACAUGCCAGACAUAAGUUUGAAAUUCAGAUACUGGAAGAGCAACAUCAAAAAGACUUAAAGGCUGUAGAAGCAAAAACCAAGAUGGAGAUGAUUCAAAACAUGGACGAGGAGCUGAAGAGAGAGCACUCUGCCGCAGAACAACGCAUGGUUCAUAGAAUCCAGAGGAUUAUGAUGGAGUGCCACAGGGAGAAGUUAGAGGCAGUGAAGAAAGCCAGGGAAGAAGAAAGAGAGAUUGCCCAGAAAGCUGUCCAGGAACAGAAAAGCAACAAGGCCAAGGAGGAACUUCUGAAUACUGGCAUGACAACUGCUAAAGAUCAGAAGACAAGCUUGGGCCAGCUGAUAAAAGCAAAGGAGCAGGAAAUGAACACCUACUAUGGCCUGGCUCAGAGACAGAAGCAAGAAGAAGUGCAGGAAGUGCUUCAAGAAGCAGAAAAAACCCACCAGGCCACGCUGGACAACGUGAUGGGUAAACUGGCCAACACCCAGGGGGAGCUGAUGUCUGUGGCAAAGCAACUGGGAAUCAUGACAAACUGGAAGGAUUUCUUGGAGGAGGAAUUACAGGAAACCAGGGCAGCAUUUCAGAAGUUCAUCAAUUACACCUUCCCCAAGCUCUCCCCAGGACAUGCCGACUUUAUCCUGCCUGAAAGAAAGAAAACACCUUCCUGUCUUACUAAGGACGAAGAAAACCGGGUAGACAUCAGCUGAAAUGUCUCCAUGGAGACAGCUUCCCACAGCUGAAUAAAUAUACUCAGUACCAUUGA